UUUUGGCCUGAUUGUCGUUUGCAUUUUGUAAGAAAUAAGAAAUAGCCAUUAAAGGGGGAUUUUCGGGGUGUCUCUGAACGCGGCAUUGAGGGGGCGUGUGUACCAUUGCUGCCGUUUGUCGGCGUGUUGCAGCGUGGGAGCCAAUCGAUGUAAGCAGCGUUCUCAAAAACUUCAUGACCACGUACUCCAAACACCAGUUUCACUGGUUUGUGCAACGGUCUUCGACUGAGAAGAAUUCACAAUGACACAGAAGCUGGUGAUGCUCACAGCUGAUCCAAAAGACAGCAUCUGGGUUUUCUCUGCAAGAAAGUCCACUGGGAGUAAUUCUGGAUCCAGUUCCUGAAAUAUUGUUCAGGACACAAGAAAAGUCAUCUGAAUCUGGUUUGCUCAGGUUCUCAACAGCUUCAUUCCAUUUCGGGGUUUGGAUAUGAACAUGGGCGACAUUGACGAGUAUCACAUUUGGCAGCAGCGCAUCCACCAGGGGAUUAGGUAUCAGAAAGGCGCGGUCCCCUUCCCGGAGUCUGUCAAAAUCGGCUUGGAGUUCAACGCAGCAUUGGAAAGGAAGGAGACAUUGGAUCCGAGUCUUUUAACAAAUGCUGUGAUGCUGGAGCUUUGCCAGUUUGCCAAAACGGUGACCAAGUCCGAGAAAUAUUUCUUGUUCGAAAUGCUAGAGUACAACUUUGACCUCGGUGUGGAUGUGGCCAAUGACCUACAGUGCUAUGAGUACGCAGCAUGUGUGCACAAUAAAAUAAAGCUGCUAAAGGAACAAAUCAAGUCGAAACCUCAUAAAUGGAAUGAAGCAUUUCUACUACCAGAUGUAAACAGUAUGAUGGCAUUUCUGGAGUCAGUGGGGCCCGGCCGCUACCACCCUAAAAAGAACAAAGUUGUGGAUAGUUCACUUCUUACCGAUGUUGGCAAAAACUGCCAUUUUUCAGAAACUCUGAAGGCUGGGAGUAAUGGAGUUGCAACCAGUAUGUUCAUUAUGAAGAAAAGAGGGGGUGUCUGGUUAAAGCUAACAGACAGUCUUUACCCUUUCUGUAGUAAACUUGGUGUGACUCUGGCUGUUCAGCCAAAUGAAACAGCCAAACAGAAACUAGACCCAAGUCUGGUUACCAACGGUGUGAUGAUGGAGCUGCUUGAUUUUUCCAGAGUGCUUUGUGGAACAGAGACUCGGAUAGUUAACAGUUUGGUCAAGAAAAACUUUGGUCAUGAGUUUGAUAGGCUGCAGUUUCGUGUGCAAUACAACAAGCUGGCGGAGAGGAAAUACGCCUGCCUCUCAACCGCGGCCAGGGAUGCUUUCCGAAAGGAGACGUUUAAAGUCCAGAUCGGGAAACGGGAACAGAGUUCCAGAAAAAGAAAAAAUCCUGGCACAGAUGACCAAGAACUGGCCAAAAUAACAAUAGUCAGUAAAAGAAGGAAAACAUUAAGGCACAGGGGCAGUGACACUCAAGACACUUUGCAGGAUAGCAACUUGUCAUACAUAUGUCCAGUUGAUUUUGAGACAGAAACGCAGUCGGGUACGGCGGUCCGACCAGAACAAAUCAAGCCUGAAAAUUUGUCAGGAGUGGCUGCAGAAACACAGCUGGCAGAGUCAGUGGAUGUAAAACAAGAGGAGGAGGAAGUUUUCAUCUCCCCAGCGCAGCCUCAGACUAAUGGUCAUUCCUCUGACAUGUCACACUUUCACCUGAAAGACCAGUCUCUAAAAGCACUCUCGAAUCUGUUUUCUGAAGACAAAAACGAGGACAUAAAUGUAAGAACACCCAAGCAGAGGCUGUGGAUAAGACGUGCUAAUCGCUCCAAACAAAUCCUGAAGUCGAGCAGAGUGAAUGACUUGUUUGCCCACAGCAGAGCGAUAGGUUUAGACUUUAAUGUUGGUUCAGGCAACAAACAGAACUUGGAUCUACAACUGUUCACCAACUGGAUGUUAUUGGAGGUUUUUAAAUUUGCAACUGGGAUGACAAAGAGCUUGGGCAGAUUCUUAAGUGAGAUUCUGAUCAGCAACUUCAGCCUCGUCCUCGUAGAUGAACUGCAUCAGCGCAAUUUUAUAUUUUACUUCAUAACAAAAGAAAAGAAUAUUCAGAACCACCCUGACAGACAGAAAAGGGAGUUUCUCAACAGUCAGUUUAAGUGCCCUGAAGUGUACAACAUGGUAGACGUGACCAGCAAUUUUCAGAGUGAAAAGGAAGUUGAGACAGUGCAGCAGAUUGACUGCGAUUCAUCAACCUUGACCGCAAACUGGCAGACUGAGGAGGAGCCCUACCCGUUCUGUAAGAGAAUAGGUCUGAACCUUUGGUCGACAGAAGAACGCCCGGCGAGCCAGAAGCUUGCUUUGUCUGUCCUGACCACUGGUGCUGUGCUCGAAAUAUUCAGCUUUGUCAGAGAGCUGUGUGGGUCGGUCCCUGACACAGUUAACGAUGUCCUUGAGCACAAUUUUGAUCUCGAAUUGCGAAGUGGGGCAACUAAGGCCGCGCAGGUGAUCCAGAGAUGGUACCUGAUACAGAAAAGCUUGAUGAAAAAACAAAGCAUGACACCAAAGAUAUACAGGUGGUUGAAUAGGGUUGUUCCACUGAACGGUCACUCGCCCUCACCAGCUGGCAGCGGCGUGCAGGGUCUGGAUUCAGGUGACGUGAAGCCAAGCACAGCAAGGAGGGCACGCAGUAGGAAUGUGUGUCAGGUGGAAAAGGCCAACAGCUAUCACUUCUGCAAAGAAAUAGGGUUGAAACUUGAUGUCGGCUUAAAAUCAGAAGCCAAACCAAAACUUGAUUUGCAGGUGCUGACGAGGGGGGUCCUCUUUGAGAUGCACCGGUAUGUAGAACAACACAGCAACCGAUAUGUUCCCACUCUGUACGAGAUUCUAGAGUACAACUUCGAUCUGAGCUCUCAGAGCCAUCGCAAGGUGGAGUUUGCCUGGUCGAUCGCAUCCCAGGUGAUAGCCAUGGUGCGGAAGAAUGGCAGAACGGAAGAUUACCUGACUAGAGUGUUUGAGUUGCCCAUGGAGGUCUCAGAGUCCUCACAGACCGUCUGCAAAGAGGAGCCGGAGGACGGCUUUGGCAAGCUGGGCUUUAAUGACGACGACAUUAUGUUUGUCCGGAAAUUGAAGCCUGUUGACAUCGAAGUAGAGAUAGAGUAGGGUCAUAGCUACUGAUUUUAUUGUAGAAAAUCUGUUCAGAUAUUUUCAUUGUUGAUUUAUCAACUUUUUGUCAGAAAUGUGUGAAUCCUGGUUUUGUAAGACCCAAAGGGGGCCUCUUCAGAGCAGUCCUGCAGAUGUUCAGUUUAUCUUUACAGAAGACAAAGGCACCAAAUAUUUACAUUUGAGAGUGGAAACCAAGUAAUGUUUAAAGUUUUAGCUUUCGUGGUCUAUUAACAGUAUUAUUUGCAGCUGACUAACUUCUGCUUGUGGCUCAUAAGAAUUCAAGAAACCCAAGACUCUUUACAAAUGUCUUACAUCUGUAAGUGCAAACCUCAGGAUGUUUCCCACCAUAACAGGAACAGCCCUGUCAUUACCAGGACACGUGAUUUAAACAGGACACUGAUACGACUUCUUUAGUCUUUAUUAAACAGCAGCCUUUUCACUUCAAAUUGUUGUAAAAACAGCUCAGACCAUCAAUAUUCAUAUUUAAAGUUAUGUUCUCUGUGUUUGGGCUAGUUUAGGUUUUGCAGGCCUAUCUGCAGCUAGUCACACUGGGUAUAAGUUAAUAAAUGGUUAACCCAGAAUAAGUCUGCAGUUGUAAAUAACCAGUUUAUAAAUGGACUCUGGUCUGGAUGGUCUGCAGCUGUUUUCCAGAAGACACGUGAUGCUGUAAACAAUUAAUUGAAAUGAAUAAAUCCAUUAAUUAAAGGUUAUAAAUGAUGCUUCAUUAGAAAAUUAGUCCACAGUUUCUAACCUCACAUUAACCAAAUGCAGAGUGUGUCAGGCCUGUAUUUUUUCUGCCUUCAUGUCUUGAACGACUCUGCUCACUUCUGUUGUUUCACGUUUGACACACAAACAUCCAAAGCUGAAGGAAGGAUGGGUGUGAUGUGACAGGUGAAAAGGUAGUUUCCCACCUUGGAUGUACAGUAUUUUUCCUCUGCCAUAAGGAAGCUGCUAAUUAAAGUUUCUUUUAUCUUUACUGUA